AUGAAGGGUGUUUUGUUCUUUAAGUCGAAACCUAAGGCUACCCCUGCUGACCUAGUUCGACAGACUCGUGAUCUCCUCAGCCAUGUCCAUUCUGCGCCAAACACUUUCCAAAGCCAAAGCCAAAGCAAACGCCAAGUAAAUAUGAUAAAUACCAUCGGCAAGCUAUUGGAAGAUUUGAAGUUAAUUCUUUAUGGAGAUAGUGAUACUCAACCCGUAGCAUCAGCUUGUGCGCAAUUGACCGAGGAGUUCUUCAGGGAAGAUACCUUAUGCCUUCUAAUUAUUUGUCUUCCAAAGUUGAAACUCGAGACCCGCAAGGAUGCUACGCUACUGGUUUCAAAUUUGCUUAGGCAAAAGGUCCGUUCGAGGUUUAUUGCUUGUGAUUAUUUGGAACAAAAUCUCGAGUUAAUCGAUGUUUUGGUCGGUGGUUAUGAGAAUAAUGGCAUGGAGAUCACGGCUUUACACUAUGGUUCUAUGCUAAGGGAUUGCAUACGCCAUCAAGAUCUUGCAAGGCAUGUCUUGGAAUCGAAGCUAAUGAUGAAGAAAUUUUUCGAUUACGUGCAAGUUGCACGUUAUGAAGUUGCUGCUGACGCUACCGAAACUUUUAAGCAAUUGUUAACGAGGCAUAAAUCAACUGUGGCCGAGUUCCUGUCCAAAAAUUAUGAUUGGUUUUUUGUGGAAUAUAACUCUAAGUUGCUUCAAUCUCCGAAUUACCUUACCAGAAGGGAAGCCGUGAAGUUGCUGGGAGAGAUGCUGAUGCAUCGCUCAAAUUCAGAUGUCAUGUUGCAAUAUGUUAGUUCGAGGGACAAUUUGAGGAUUUUUAUGAAUCUUCUCAGGGACUCCAGCAAGAUCAUUCAAGUUGAUGCGCUUCGAGUUUUCAAGUUGUUUGCUGCUAAUGAAAAUAAGACCCCAGAGAUUGUUGGGAUUCUCGUGGCAAACAGAAAUAAGCUUCUACAGCUCCUCUUUGCAGAAUUGAAGAUUGACAAUAAUGGGGAUCCACAAUUGCAGGCUGACAAAGCCCAAGUCGUUAAAGAUAUUUUUGCACUGGACGUCAAGGUUAAGGCGUGA